AUGGAAGAGCUUGUUGAGUUGAAGAAAGGAGCUGUAGCUCACGAGGCGCCAGCCUUUUUGGAAAGGAAUCUGGAAGAGAUCGGUGGAGUCAUGCCCUUGAUGUUCAUCGAUUGCGUCACUUAUGGGGCUGGUCCAUCCCAGGUCAGGUUGACCACUGGCGUUGAGCCUUCUAGAGACUCUAUUCGGAUAGUCACGAAGACCGGCAAAUACUCACUGGCCUGGAUCGAGUUGAACCGUGUGAGCGACCACGAGAGUGCAUGA